CCCAAUCGAACGAAUCCAACAUGAAAGUGUUUAUUGUCGCUGUCCUCUUGAUCGUCGCUGUUUACGCAGCUCCAUCAGAAUAUGCUGCCCCCGGCUACAAGGCACCCCUAAUCACCAUCACCAGCCAAUCUGAUGAACGUAACGCCGACGGGAGCAGCAAGUGGAGUUAUGCCGGAUCGGAUUAUGCCACCCGUGAAGAAUCCCAGAUGCAGAAGAAAUUCCAAGGCACCACUUACGAUUCUUACGGCAAGGCCAUUUACGGUGACGUCCAGGGUAACACGAACCAGGGAUCUUCCUACUGGGUUUCUCCUGAAGGUGAGACAUUCACACUGACCUGGACUGCCGAUGAAAAUGGAUUCCGUCCCAGUGGCAAACACUUGCCUGUUGCUCCCGUCCACACCUACGAACUCCCCGUUGCUCCCGUCCACGUCUACGAACUUCCAGUUGCUCCCGUCCACGUCUAUUAGCACCCAGUGCUCCAGCUCUACCGUACGAAGUAGCUAUUGAACAAUGAAACAAGAAUGUGGAAUAAUGCCCAACUUAUUCAUGUGGCACGACACUGAAGUUGGAGUCAAAAUUU